AUGAGAGUUUUCUGUGAAGACAAUGGUAACAAGAAGAGUUGCCAGGGAUCACCCAUGGCAGGCCCCAUGAAGUCUCCCAUGGCAUCCUCCAUGGCAGCCCCCAUGGCAGCAUCCAUAGCAUCAUCCCCAAUGGCAUCAAGGGGCAUGAGCUUUGACACUCAUUACUACCAGAGCUUGUUGAGAGGCAGAGGACUUCUCUUUGCUGAUCAGCAAUUGAUGGCUAAUGAGAGGACAGCCAGAUUGGUGAGAGCUUAUGCUUCAGACGAUGGAUCAACCUUCCGGAUGGACUUCGCCCGGGCAAUGAUGAAGAUUUCUAACCUUAAUGUUCUCACUGGAUCUCAAGGUCAGGUCCGAUUGGAAUGCACUCUGCCAGUCUCUAGCUAG